UCCAAAUGAAAUUAUCUUGGUAUUUAAGAUUUUUAUACGUAUUUAAAAGUUGAGGGAAAGGAGGGAUUUGUUGAGAAAUUGGGUGAAAUUUUAGAGAGAGAAGGGUGAAACUUGGAAUUAAUCAAAGAAGAGAAAAGAGGGAAAUUAUUUUAUAAAUAGGAAAAGAAAAGGAAAAGAAAAGGAAAAGAAAAGGAAAAGAAAAGAGAAGAGGGAGAGAAGAAAACCCUAGCCGCGCCGCCGCCGCCGCCGCGAGCCACCGCCGCCGCCGCCGCCGUCGCGAAACCCUAGCCGCCUACCCACGCCACACGCACAGCCGCGCCAGAAUUCGUCCAAGCUUCCUCGCACGCCGAAGCCGAGUCGAAGCCGUCCAUUCACGCGUCUGCAAGACGACUGGAAGCCGAAGCCACCCCUCGCGCCGCUUCGAUCCGAGGCAGAUCAGCCGAAACUCGUCGCCGAGAUCCAUCUCCACGUCGAAGCCGCGUCGCCAGCCGAACGCGUCUGCAAAUCGGAGCCGCGAACGCGCCUACACCCGAGCCGCACCGAAGCCGCGAACGCGCCUGCCUCCAGCCGACGGACGAAACCGAACCCGGAACCACCACCCGCGCGUCCGAACCCGGAACCGCCCGCGCGCCCGAAACCGAAACCCGCGUCCGCGCCACACGUGCCCAGCUCUCCCCGCGUGCAGCCGCGCCGCGCCGUGCGUUCCGCGUAGCCGAGCCGCGCCCCCUCCCGGUAGCAAGCCGAGCCGCACGCGAAGUCCCUGUACCGAGCCGAGCCGCGCCUACGCCAAGCCGAGCCGGUCCUGUCUUCUUCCAGUCGAGCCGCCAAGCCUGUUUUGGCUCCUUCCACCUAAAUUUUUGCAAAUUGGACCAAAUAGCUGCUGCAGCUUAGGACUUCCUCAGUAGGAACUCAUCUAGCAACAUCUCGAGGUAGAGGACGAGGUAAGGGCAAGGGCAAACUGGCGAGCGACUCGAAGUGAGACCGUGAAGGGCCAUAGGGACUACCGCUUCCGCUUAUCUUUAUUUCAGAUUUUCGCACUUGAGUUCGAGUACUUUCAUUAUUUACCAUCUUUAUGUAGAUAGGGCCCGCUUAGGGAUUUUAAACUUAACUCGUAUUUCUACAUGUUACUUUAACUAUCUUUCAUAAAUAAAUUUGCUAGAUUUCUUUGCAUUUAUUUACACCAGAUUUUAUGACUUAAACACUGAUCCUAGAUUUAGUAACCACUUCGAUUCAGCAUAAAGAGUCGGGUCGUUACAGUUGGUAUCAGAGCGCAGUGUUUUAGGUCCUGUAGACUGACUUAUGAUGUAAGUCAUUUUGUUUUGAUUUUUACCUCACCCUAUGGCUAUACGGUCCUUCGUCACUCGCCAGGUAUGCCUAAAGCUUUACAAAUAUUAAGAUUAUAAUGUUGCCUGAUUAGAUUAGACUUAGAGAGAGAAUAUUGAGCUCUAGUGGUGAAAAAUUUGUUGGUGAAUUUUAGGAAGAAUGCCGCCACGUAGAGGUGCACGCCGAGGAGGUGGCAGGGGAGGCAGAGGAGCCGGUCGUGGCCAACCGGCGGAGCAACCUGCCGCGCCGCCAGUCAACCCCGACGUACCAGUCAACCCUAAUGCACCGGUCACUCAGGCGGAUCUCGCCGCAAUGGAGCAGCGUUACCAGGCCAUGCUGCAAGCUGCUCUAGCGCCGUUCCUCGCUGCUCAGCAGAACCAGGCCGCCCCUGUUCAGGACCAGCCUGUAGUCCCUCCAGCCCCUGUUCAGGACCAGCCCGUCAUCCCUCCAGCCCCGGUGGAAGCUCAGCCGGUGCCAGUACAACUGUCAGCUGAGGCCAAGCACUUGAGGGAUUUUAGGAAGUACAACCCGAAGACUUUCGACGGAUCCUUGGACAACCCCUUUAGAGCCCAGCUGUGGUUGACAUCCAUAGAGACGAUCUUCAGGUACAUGAAGUGCCCAGAAGACCAGAAGGUGCAGUGUGCAGCUUUCUGUUUGGAGGAUAGGGGGACUGCCUGGUGGGAGACUGCUGAGAGGGCGCUGGGAGGAGAUGCCAGCAGGAUCACAUGGGAGCAAUUCAGGGAGAGCUUUUAUGCUAAGCAUGGAUUGGUUGUCAACUAA